AUGCCUGGGAAGUGGAUUUCUGCUCUGCUCCUGCUACAGAUAAGUUGCUGUUUCCAAUCUGGGAACUGUGGGAAGGUGUUGGGGUGGCCGAUGGAAUUCAGCCACUGGAUGAAUAUAAAAACAAUACUGGAUGAACUUGUACAGAGGGGCCAUGAAGUCACUGUUCUGAAACCUUCGGCUUACUAUGUUCUUGGUCUGAAAAAAUCGCCAGACCUUAAGUUUGAAACUUUUCCUACAUCUGUCAGUAAAGAUGAGCUGCAAAAUUAUUUUGUAAAGCUUGUGGAUGUGUGGACUUAUGAGUUGCCAAGAGAUACAUGUUUGUCAUAUUCUCCUAUGCUUCAAAAUAUGGUUGAUGAAUUUUCCUAUUAUUAUCUAUGUCUUUGUAAAGACGCCGUUUCAAACAAGCAGCAUGCAAAACUACAGGAAUCCAAGUUUGAUGUUCUUUUGUCAGAUCCUGUCGCUGCCUGUGAGGAGCUGAUAGCCGAAGUGCUCCACAUUCCUUUAAGCUUCUCUCCAGGCUUCAAAAUUGAAAAGUACUGUGGAAAAUUUAUACUCCCUCCAUUUUAUGCGCCUAUAAUUUUGUCAGGACUGGCUGGCCAACUGACAUUAAUAGACAGGGUAAAAAAUAUGAUAUGUAUGCGUUAUUUUGACUUUUGGUUCCAGACAUGUAAUGAGAAGAAUUGGAAUCUGUUUUACAGUGAGAUUUUGGGAAGGCCCACCACAUUAGCUGAAACAAUGGGUAAAGCAGAAAUGUGGCUCAUUAGGAUCCUACUGGGAUUUGGAGUUUCCCACCCAACAUUAGCAAAUGUUGACUAUGUUGGAGGACGCCACUGCAAACCUGCUAAACCCUUGCCUAAGGUGGAAGUGGUAGGCAGUAGCCAACUUUAUUCAGAGACCAACACUCUGAAGGUCACAAAAGGACAUGAGUCCAUAGAACAUGAGUUCCAGCUGCGCUCAAUCAUAAAAUGA